GGGGAUUCCCGUCGGUUUAAAACUCAUCAGAGUUUGCAAAGCUCUUGUAACGAUCUCAAUUUAGUGACUUGUGUGGAAUGGACGACGAGGGUGGAGAUUGGUUUGCGGAUGCAGGAGAUGACACUCCUGCUGAAACUGCUGCUCCUGCUGAAGCCGCUGCUGCUGCAGGUGAGGCUCCAGCCGCCGAAGGUGAAGCACCCGCUGAAGCGGCUGCUGAAACCGAGGAUAAGAGGGAAGUGGCCGAAGAGGAGUAUUUGGAUCCGGACAAACUCUUGCUAUUUAAACAUUGGAUCAGACCAAAGUUUCUGCAAUACAAAUAUUUGUACGACUACAGACACAACUACUACGACGAUGUGAUUGAUUUUUUGGACAAAAGACAGAAAGGACAACGUAGAGAUAUUCCACAUCCGCAAACAUGGGCAGAAAGGGCACUUCGAACAUACAACAGUAAAAUUAACAAGAUUGAAAGUUUUAGAAGAUUAGUGAAUGAUACGAAACUUGUCACUGAAACGAAGAUUAGUGGAGCUUUCCAACUUCAUCAUUCAAAGAGUUAUAUCACUAGAAGAUAUUCGUCGAUUCUUAUUUAAAAGACAAUAAAAUUUAUUUAUUUUAAAAAUUUGCAAUAGUGAACAAGAUUAAAUAAAGACUACUUUUAUUUAA